GAUACUUACCUCGUUAACAUUGCGCAACAACCUUAAUAAAAUUUGUUAAUAUUAAUAUUUCCAAAUUUUGCUAUACGACUAAAAUUUCAGAAGCUUAUCUACAAAUAUUAUUUAUUUUCAAACUUGAAUGGAACCAAUAUGUGAAUUUAUUGGUGCAAAAUAUUGUCAAAAGCAUAGCGACGGAUACAACGACAUGGACGACUAAAACGGACACAUGUGAAAAUAAAGACUCUCUUCAACACGAUUUUAUCAUCGUUGGUGUAAUUUUUGUACUACUGAUUUUAUUGGAGACAAGUACAGUUUUUGCUGUGUUGGUGAUUAAACGUGUCGAACGGAUUAGUCUAAUCGUCCAGGCGUUUUCCAACUUUAAAGAGAAAAAAAGUGUGCAUAUUCUCUUACAAGACUUGAACAUCAUGAGAUCAAGGCCUCGAUCUAAUUGUCACAGAAAAGUUAUCGGGGUGGAACAGCUUGGACAGGAAAAUCGUGAUUUUUCUUCAUAUAAAUUGACGAACGGCGUGUACUUAAUUAAUCCUGAAAGAGGUUCUUGGCGAUCGACGCAAAACGGGGAUGUAACAAUUUUGUCUCAUCGUGGCGUGACUUUGAAUCUAGCGAAGCAAAAAUUUAUCGAUGUUCUCGUCACGAGAGGUACGACACGUGAGGCAAAUGAACGUCUGCGAGAUGGUGCCCAAUAUUUUGCUGCCAUCGGAGAACGUGACAACAUCGUAAAGUUUUUCGGGUUCCAGGAUCUUCCAUCUGAUCGUAUCUUUCUGGUUUCGUAAAUUUGUGAGGGAGGCAGCCUUCUAAAUCUGUUGAGACUGAGACGAACAUCUACAACGAGCACGACUUUUGCUGACAAUUCGGAUGGAGAUGCUAACUACGAACAAAUGUGUAACGCCGCAAGUUUGAGUCCCAUCCCAAUUCCCCGACUUAUCACGUGGAUCAUGGGUAUCGCUCAAGGAAUGGUGUAUCUUCAAGAGAAAAACAUUUACGGGGUUACUUUAUCCGCACGAGAUAUCUGGCUGUCGUGGGAUUAUGUUGCGAAAAUUUCUUUGUCGACCUUGACCGGAUUUUGCAAUCAGGAAUCAGUUGAGAAUGGCGUGGACGAGGAUCCCGAAAGAGUCAGGUGGACAGCUCCUGAAGAGCUUUUAAACCCUUCGGGUCAUGUCCUUGACCCGCAUCAUGGAAUAGACGUUUGGUCUUUUGGAGUCUUAAUUUGGGAAAUUUUUUCAUGUGCCCAAACUCCAUACUUUCAGUGGCGUGAUGAUGACAAUUUGGAAGAGAAUUUGGCAUAUUUCUUACAUAGUGGGGGUCGCUUAGAUGUUCCCAGCGAUUUUACACCGGAAGCAAUGUAUGCAUUCAAAAUACACUAAAAAUUUGCCUCUAUGAAACUCUACCGUUGGUAACGAUAAUUUUUCAAUCAACGGUAAAAACGAAUCCAAAGGCUGAUAAAAAUUCCUCACUGGAAGGCGGUUAAUUUGCAUUUCUAGCCAAUUAUUGUUACCGUCAAAUGGGUAUCUUUGCCGCAAGUAGAACGCCAUGAGAUCCUACUCGAGGAGUGAACGGUCCGUGUUGUUAGAGAGUAUUGUAUAAAACUGGUGGUAGCAUUGAGGUUAAAAAUUUUCAUGCAGAUAUGCAUAUUAAUAUUUAUCACUGGAUUGACAGAUGGGACAUCAUGAUGCUAUGUUGGGAUGUGGAUCGCAAAAAAAGGCCAAGUUUCUCUCAAAUUCGAGAAAUGUUUCAGAAUUAUCUUACAUCGACCAUGUUACCAUCAGAAGACUAGAAGAUGUAUAAAACAUUAAAGAUGAAUUUGGCCAAAAUUAUUAAAUCAGAAUAAUAAACUAUGUAUAUUGCACAGUUUACACAGUCAACAGUUCGCAUCUAAAAUGCAACUUUGCAUAAGACCAUUGAUAAUUUAGAAAAAUGCCCAUGCAAUUGACUCAACCGUAUUUAUGAACGUUAUAGAAUCUGCCUAUCUGUAUUAUUCCAUAGGAUAUCAUGGAUAUCCGUAAUUUUCCAAUCCAGUUCGCAAAAUUUUAUACAGUUUGCAAAAGUUUGCGAAUACGAGAACGCUCGACGAGAAAUCUCUGUAUUCCAUCGGUAACCAUGUACACAAAGAAUAACCUCUGACUAACAAAGUUUAGGAAAAUUUUUCUAAAGUAGACGGGCAUAAAAAAGUAUGCUUUUCACACUGAAUCAAAUAAACUUUCUUCAAAGUAUCAAGUUUUCAUCGUUUUGGAAUACCUUCCACUUAUCGUACUUCCGGAUUUCACUUCCUUCCUGACCCUUCGUGACCAAGGAGUUUUUCCUCUCCCCGUAUUCUUCCUCCUCGACAAGAAAUUGGAACUCUUCACUAUGUCUCCUCACCUCUCCCUCGUGGCCAUCGUCGCCCUCGCCGUCUGUGUGAUAACUGGUGUCACAGGUCAGCUCUAUACGAGGGUGGAAGACCUCAUGACAAUCUUCAAGCCUAAACUGGGUCCCUUAAAGUGGCCCACCACUGCCUUAAAGAAUCCUCCCAUUACAUGCUUAGUUAUGGCGAACCGAAAUUUGAAUGUUUAUCACUCUCGCGUCGCCUACAUGGAAUCAUGGGACCGCUUCCGCACCGAAUACAACGACAAAAUCGAUCCAUCCAACUUUAAUCCCCACUAUUUCUGCGCCAACGUCCCCAAGUUCCGUUUCAUGAGUUCUGACGUAAUUAAAGAACCAGACAAGGAAGAUUUCUCCCGCACCCCUCACUCACAGUUCUGGAUGGAGGAGCCGACAGCUUGGUUCUGGCACAGGCGUUAUCACGCAACCCUAGAAUUAACCGCUGAACAACUCAUGACGGGGAAGAUAUUGGGACUUAUCUUUCGUGUGGAUGUGACAGGAAUCAAAAGCAAAGGUCGAUUUCUGAAAGGCUGGUACCAUUUGAACAUCACGCUUGCCAUCGAUCACAAUUUAUCCAAGGACGUGGAUGGUGUUCUUGUACGUGUCGACAACCAACGCUCAGCCGCUGAGGAGGUGUUGGCCAACCACGUGAUUGAUAAACUAAUAGUGACGGCACGAGGCCUUACGCUCGCCGCGGGGAGACCUCGACCUCCUUGCGAACGUUGUAGACCCUUCUCGGAAACGGGACGUCCCCCAUUUAAGCCGGAGCCUCGGCCAGUCCGUCGCGUGUGGGUGGGUGGAAUUGGCGAAUUUGUCCAAGACUUUCCCCCCUGCGAGGAGGACGGCUAUAGAAUGAAGACGGAGUACGUCAAGCAACAGUUCAUGUCUUGUGGAACUGUCCAAUUCGGAGAAGCUCAUUACGGAAAUAACUUCUACUACACGCGGACGCACAACGACAAGAAGACCAAGUACGGCCAAACCCAGGAAACUCUCAAGGGUGCGGCUGAGAUCCAUCUCAACUUUAAGUUCGACAACUCUUUCUGCAACCGCUACGCUGAGAUUGACUUUGUAGUAAAUGGUAUCGUGAUGAACAGAAAUGUUACGCCUGAAUCCUUCGACAACUGGGCCCACCACCCGUCCGGAAAACCUCGCAAUGACAAACCUCUUGAAUUCGUUUACCCCGUGCAACGCUCGGUAUCCACUCGAAUCCUGUUCUCCUCCUCGCACGCGAUGCACGCCCCGAUCUUCUACGAAAGUGCCGACCCCAUUCCGCGUGGCGUGAAGACCGUCCAAUGCAGCCAUCCACUGCAGGGCGAAUGGGUAAUGAAUGACGCCCAGCCAUUCCAAAUGCCCGGAACUACAACGCUCCAUCGCAUGUCCGUCACUGCCGGGGCUGACCUCAAACUCAACCCCAAAGCGACUUUCGACUCCACCUUCGGCGGCUCGAUCAAGUUCAUCUUCGGCCUCCCGAAGGAUCUCCUUCUCAGCGAUGUCAUAGAACUCAACUCCCCGAGUGACGAUGUCAACGCUUUUGGACUUCGCCGCACCUCCACCUACCAAGCCCCGCUAACCGAAGAGGUUGGAGGGGAAAUGUGGACACCAUUUCGUGAUAUUCUGGGCCAUCCUCAAAAGCAAGGACAUCCUGUCUCGGCCUGGCUUUCUAUCAUCAGCAUCGUCACCCGGGAAAUGAACGAAUUCGAUUGGGAAACUUUUAUCGCCACGGACGAUCCAGAUCCGACUAAUCCUGACAUUAAAAAUGGAAGCUACUGCAACCCACGUACCAUGUUUGAUUUAAUCUAUGAGCCAGGCCCCACAUAUCUGGCGCACCCGUACUACGACGUGACCUGCUUGGGCGUGGAGUCCUUCAAAAAUACGUCGGGUAUAAUAGUCAGAGCCGUUCCGUACCUAGCGAAUGAUGCCGAGAUUAUACAAAAGGGGCGGGACGCAAUGUUCUACAAAAAGUUGCCUCCCAUCACGGGAAGGUGCAGGCCGCUCCUUUGGUGGAAUGAUGGCGUGGGGAGCUUGAGGGCAGCAGCGCCCAAAUGCGACGACUUCUUCCAAGAGUACAGGGACGGCAAGACGAAGGACCCCGCCCUUGCAAGGCUCGUGAAGAUGGUUGAUGAACAGCACAAGUCGAGAAGUCGAGAGAAAUGGAAAGACAAGUACGAGGAGUCGGCGAAGAGGAAGGUCAUGGUUGGUCUGUGUGGUGCGAUGGAACAGCUGAAGAAAGACUACCCCUGCGCCAUCCCAGUUCCGCGGCCAUUCACGACCGCACCGACCACUGUCAAGAGUUCAAACGAGUCUGCGGCCCAGGAAAGAAUUGCGGGCCAGAUGAAACACUCCAAUGCCUACCUGCGCGGCAUGGUUGUGAACGAGAGCCCAUACACCGUCUACAUCUGGGAUUCGAGACUGAUUCACGGCGUGAUUAUGACCAUCAUCGUCAUGUUCGUCACCCCGAUAUCCUUCUUUCUCACGCGAUACUUCAAGGAGACGUUCAUGAACACGCGACUUAUGCUGCAACACCUCUGGUUCUUUGUCCACCUUUGGUCUGCGAUCGUGACGCUACUUUUGUUCUUGGUCGGGAUGUGGCGUCAGGUGGAGACGCGCGGUAUCCUCGGCGUGAGUCUGCACCCUACGGCACGAACGCAUCGAGUUCUUGGCUGGAUGUCUGUCUCCAUCGCGGCGACCAUGCUCGUCCUCGGUGGCUUUCGAUGCAUGAAUCGUACCGUGAGAGGCAUCAUUAUCAUCCUUCACUCGCUCCUCGGAUAUUUUUACUACGUCCUUUGUCUGACCUGUAUGAUCACCUCGAUCCGAAUUCCCGGUUCCCCUGCAGCUUUUCAGGAUUUUUCCGUGGUGUCUUUCGAGUUGAAGACUUUGGACAGAGAGGCCGUUUUCGUUGUCGUUGUGGUCUGGAUCAUAUUCGACCUGGUGAUGCAUAUCGUCAUGACGUUUCGGCAGUGUAUCAAUGAUGGAAUCAUGAAACUGACACGUGGGCGAUUCUAUUUCAUCGCACCUAUCCCCGUCGUCCUUGAAACUGAUCGGUUCGACACUCCUGGUCAUCUCACUCGGAUCUGGAUGCUACGGGCUUACUCCUUGGUGGCUUUUAUCGCAACAAUCACCAUCAUCUGCUUUAUCUUGGGUCACUCUCCACGCGGUAAGGGAUUCGGAUUCAUGACCUGCACCCACCAUCCAGAGAACUUCGAAGUCAGGACGGAGUAUGAAUGUCCCAAAGGGUGGACCAUUUAAGAAGAACAGGUUCAACGUUCCUGGAUGUUGUCAUUUUAAAUACGUCACAAUUUCAUCUUUACUGUUGUUCGGAGAAAAUUCUCCGGUAUGUUAAGUGGAGAUUUCUGGCUUGCAAUGUCAGACAGCACUUUCCUCUUCUUCGGAUGACAAAAGUGACGAAAAUGUAGCGUGAAGUAUAGAAAAUUAUCAUGAAUAAGGGAAAAUAUUUCACAUUUUUGUGUGUUAGCUACAAGUUUAGUAGUAAAUUUUUGAUGUCAUUACUGUGACAUGGUUCAUGUUGUGGCAAAAGUCUGUAAAUUAUUUUCAUAUUUAAAUUGGAUAAAAAUGUUUCAAAAACUAAUUGGUCAGGUGUUAAUUUUACAAAUUAAUCAUUUCAACCUGAUUCCAUCACAUACCUAUGUAGCGUCUUCCUUAUCGUUAUACAUAAUCGGGAAAGUGGUAACUCCAGUCUUAACGAAUAUUUAGACAAUAAACCUGAAUAACUCCUAUCUGACCAGGUCACGUGCAUACAUAUGUCGACAGAAUGCGAACUAUAUGACCUCUGACUUAAUAUUUAUUGUCAUCCCAGAAAUAAGGUAUUAAUUCAAUGGACGAGGAUAAAUAAAAUGGUAGAAGCGGUGGUUGUGGGUUUAAGUUAAUGAGAAAGCAUAGUGGGUUUGAUGUUGAAAUUUGAUGUCACAGGAAAUUUCGAAGAUCAUGAAAAAUUGUGCACCUAAUCGCGCAUCAAAUAUUAAGCUGGGAAUGAGCAUUUAUAUUUUAUAAGGAGAAAAACGUCCCUGUAAAAAUAUCCUUUCUGGGUAAAGCAAACACGUGUCAUUUUUUGUUAAUAAAAGUAAUAAAUUGUGUGCUUUACAUCUUAAAAAAUCGUCUGUCUGGCUCAUCUGCCGAGAUAAACCGGCUCGUUUCUAAAUAAAUCUCGGGAAAGUUGAAGCGAAAAAAGUUCGAUCUUAAUCUGCCCACUUGACGCCUUUCUGCUAAAAACUUCGAGAAAAAGUCGUGUUUUUUGUUUGUUAAAAAUCUUCUUGAGCUCAAGUGACUCAGAAAUUCAUAUACUUUCACUCAUCGCACAGCUUUCUCUUUUUGUGCAUCACUUGAUUCAGUACAGUCGUGAGAUGUAACUACGAAGAAAGUGACAGUUAUGCAUUUUCACAAGUAAAGGACACCAUUAAAUGCGAUUCCAGUUUAUUUUACUCUUCUCGUCUUGCGAUUGCUUGGGAGCAUUAUAAGAAAUAUGAAACAUAACGUUUCAAUUAUUGCA